UGGAACUGGAGGACAGGAUAUCUCGCCCCCCCGGUCCUUUCCCUCCAACUCCUUCCAGCUUUGCGGAACUGGAACCACCUGGGUACCACUAGACGCGGCUGCACUCUUCUCUCCCUGUAUCCUUCAGCAGCCAUGUACUGAACAGAGCAUCCUUCGGAACUCUCCCUUUUUUUGGUCGCUCUCGCUCUUUCUUGUCGUCCCUUUACGCUUUAAACUCAACAGUUCUAGAGAAGUACCGAGGCAAGGAGCAAGAGGGGCUGGAUAUUGACAGUCUUUAGCCAUGGAUGUAUUCAUGAAAGGAUUUAACAGAGCCAAGGAAGGAGUUGUGGCGGCAGCAGAGAAGACCAAGCAGGGCAUGGCAGAAGCAGCAGGGAAAACGAAAGAAGGAGUUCUCUAUGUAGGUUCGAAGACCAGGGACGGAGUUGUUCAUGGGGUGACAACAGUGGCAGAGAAAACUAAAGAGGGAGUGUCAAACGUGGGAGGAGCUGUAGUGACUGGCGUCACAGCCGUGGCACAAAAGACGGUGGAAGGUGCCGGAAAUAUUGCUGCUGCCACUGGCUUUGGCAAGAAGGACCAGUUGGCCAAACAGAAUGAAGAAGGCCUCCCGCAGGAAGGAAUGAUGGAUAACACAGACAUGCCAGCGGACCCAGAAAACGAGGCCUACGAAAUGCCUCCUGAGGAAGAAUACCAGGAUUAUGAACCCGAGGCUUGAAUUCAACUCUCUUCCUUCUGUUAGCUUCUGGCAAAGACAUCCUGUCCUGUACAAGUGCUGAGUUCCAAUGUGCCCAGUCGUGAACUACUUUUUAUAGUUUGUACAGUGUCUUUUGAAGUCUUCCAUCAGCAAUGAUCGGAGCAUCUGUAACUGCGUCCAGUUUUCGUUUCAGCGUCCGACCUCCCUCUGAAACGAAGGUCUGGGUCUCAGAGCCAUUGUUGUUGUCUGGAUAUUGUGGCUUCAAGUUCUAAAAAGUCCGAAAGCAGUUUUUUUAAAAAAAUAAAAUAAAAAACACCUAAGUGUCUACUCCUUCUUUCUAAUGCUGUACAUGUUUUGUUGAGAGAUUGUCGGUAAUUUGGUAUUGUUAAACACAAGGUUUUUUUAAACUGUUACCUAUGAUCUUUCUUUUUCUGUCAAAGGAUAACAUUAUUGUGAAAGUUGUUAAUAUAUUUCUAUACAUAUAUACAUAUAUAUAAAGUAAUUGAGCAUGAACUAUGCACCUAUAAAUAUUUACUGUGGGAUCUUACUUGUUUUGUGAAACGUUUUACUAAUUUGCAAUUGUAAAUAACAGUGU